AUGUCCCGUGUAGCUGAACCCCCUCGCGGCUGGGGACAUCGCCAACAGGAACAAGGACCAGAACAAGGACAUCCCGACCUCGGCCCUCGACUACCCAUGGACUCACCCGCCCUUCCGCCGCCGCAUCUUCCGCUGCGAAAGGCGUCGGCGUCGCGACUGCAACUGCAGGCGAGGAAAGGCGCGGUGCCCAAACCUCUCUUCCCCACCCACAACCACCACCUCCGCGGCUUCACUCCCUUCUCCCACCACCCGCCUGCCCCUCACAUCGACCACGUCCAGGCCAGCGACGAGCAUGCGUUUGCCGGGAGGGACACCAGACGCCACUUUCAGCCCGCCGUGGGCAUGUUGGAGAGCCAGCAGGACCCCUCAUUUCAACAUCAACACCAACACCAAUACCCGCACUCCGACACAUAUCCUGCCGAGCGAGAUGGAGGCCGGCCGCCGUCUUCCCCGCUACUCCCACCACCCGAGUCUCCACAUUUCCAAGCUCAUGCCAUGAGAUUGAAGCACUCCCACUCGUUGGGGGAGAGUCUCCGAUCGAGGGUGGGUUCUGCAGCGGAAGUGGAAUCCAGACUGUUGACACCCGACCUUCCAUCAUACUCGACCAUGCAGCCACCAUCCGCCAUACGCGAGUCGUUCCGCUCCGCUCUAACGAGCGAUUCCUCUCUGCUCGGUCCAUCCAGCAGUGUCAACACCAGCCAUACCAGUGUUAGCUCAGAGAGUGAUUUCGUCAAGGUCACCUCGGAGGAUUGGGAGGAUGCUCACUACGGUGAUGUCGAUGACCUUUUAGACGCGUAUGGAGACGGCUUCGAGAGUGAUGCGGCGAGUUUCGCAUCCAAGCAGAUUCAUGGCAAUGCAAGUGCGAAGAACAGCAUAGAAGUGCGCAGUGUCCGCUCAUUCAUGACCAACGAACGAGCUCCCUCACUGCCACGCUCACAGUCUCUCCCGCGACCGCAAGCACAACUUACUCCCAAAAAAUCCCGCUUCGAGCUGGAAAGCGUGAGAGACAGUCUGGAGGUGCAAUCCGUCCGGUCGCUGGAACGAGCUGCAUCUCAGCCGAAAUCAAACUCGUCCUUCAACAACGCACCCCGCACUACUCCCAAUACGCCCACCAAACGACAGAAUCUAGCUCAUCGGAGAAGUCAGAGCGCAAGUAUUCUGAUCCUUGGAGUGCCACGACUCAACGCCCCCGGAUCUUCUCCUGCCAACGUGCCUGAAAUUCCGCCCACACCAUCCUUCAUUCGAGAACGCAGCUCCGUGCAGAUAGUGUCCGGCCGAAGUCUGCGCGGGACCGAUUCGCGUCCGAAUAGCGAAGCCAUCCCUCGAGAUCGGUACGGCUUCAAGAAAGCCUCCCACUACAUCACAGUCGAAGCUUACGAUGCAUGGAACGCCACAUACACACCUCACUUGGAGCGCAGAAGCAAGAAAUGGCACGCCUUGAUGCGCAGCUAUGGCUUGAGCACACGCCCGGGGGCGUUGAGAUUUCCGCCGAAAAGCGAUAAGAUAAAGCGCUAUGUUCGGAAAGGCAUCCCGCCGGAGUUCCGAGGGAAUGCCUGGUUCUGGUAUGCGGGCGGGCCGGGAAAGUUGGCCAAGAACCCGGGACUAUACGGAGAGCUGCUGCAGAAGGUGGAGAAUGGCGGACUUGGCGAUACUGAUCGAGAACACAUCGAGAGAGAUUUACAGAGGACGUUUCCUGAUAAUGUAAAGUUCAAGGCGGAUAUCGUGGAGGGCAUUAAUGGGGGAGAUAGCGUGAAGACGGGCGGCAGCGCAUUGAGGGACAGUGGCGCUGUCGUGAGGGGAAAUGGGAGGGAGAGUUCCGCCACAACGGGAUCGACAUACGCACCGGUGAAGAGCAGUAUGCUGAGGGAUAGCAGUGCCACGACUGGAAGUGUGCCGCCUGCUGUCAGAGACGGCAACAUGGCCGCCACGGUCCCCGUCAGAGACAGCAACAUGAGCAACUUGAGCAAUCCACCUCUCACCCGGGACAGCAACCUGGGCAGCAUCCCGGCCAGACCAGGACCUCCCACCCGAGACAGUUCCACGCCACCCAUCAUUGAGGAGGGAAAGGCCGACACCGUCAGAGACAGUGCGACUCCUUCGCUGACUCCUCCGGUGCUUCGAGACACCCCCACACCUCCCAUAGCUCGAGACAGCCCCAGCCCAUCCAUCCUCAACACCCCGCCAAAGAUUCGCGAUAGCAACGCCACCGGCUCUACCACCCUCAGUAAAUAUCGCCAACGACUCGCCAAAGACGCAGUGCCCGAGACGCCCAUCAUCCAAUCACUCCGUCGGGUCCUCCAAGCCUUUGCAGUCCACAAUCCCCAGAUCGGCUACUGUCAAUCCCUCAACUUCAUCGCCGGCCUUCUUCUUCUCUUCCUCGACAUGGAUGAGGAAAAGUCGUUCAUCCUGUUGGAGAUUAUCACAUCACAGCAUCUCCCCGGAACGCACGGCAUCGCUCUUGAAGGCGCCAACAUCGAUAUCGGAGUACUGAUGUCCUGCAUCAAAGACUCUCUCCCCGCGGUCUGGGCGAAGCUGGAUGACAACGAAGGAGAGCAACGUUUGCCAACUGUCUCACUCGCCACGACCGCAUGGUUCAUGUCUCUGUUCGUUGGGACCCUGCCGAUUGAGUCCGUUCUGAGGGUAUGGGACUGCCUGUUCUUUGAAGGAAGUAAGACUCUCUUCCGCGUCGCCAUGUCGAUUUUCAAAUCCUGUGAAAGUCAAGUCGUCGGGCUGGGAGAUCCGAUGGAGGUCUUUCAACUUGUGCAGAGUUCCCCAAGGGGAAUGCUGGAUGCAAAUGGCCUGAUGGAGCAGUGUUUCAGGAGGCGAGCGGGAUUUGGAGGGAUCUCGCAAGGACUGAUUGAAGGGAGGAGGGCGGCGAGACGUGAAGCUGUCAAGAACGGCGCUGGUGUCGGAGAUGAGAGGCUACCGGGGAACACGUUCGGCAAGUUGAGAGGGCGAUUGAGGAGUACCAGAAGAACGGGGAGGAGGAUUGAAACGGGAUGA